AUGAUUCCUCUUAAUACAAACAUUCCUGAGGCUUAUGCAAUUGGUUCCAGCGAAGAGCAGGCUUUUAUUCAGAAUUUGGCUUUGUUUUUCACUUCAUUUUAUAAGUCUCACAUUCGUGUGCUGGAAACUCCUGGAGAGAACAUAGCUGCUUUGCUCAUGGGUGUUGAAUAUCUUACCAAAAUUUCAUAUGUGGAUGACACAGAAUUUUUCAAGGUUUGCUUAGACCUUUGGAAUUCGUUUGUGUUGGAACUAUUUGAGGCACACCACAAUUUGGAUAAUCCUGCUGUAACGGCAAACAUGAUGGGGCUGCAGAUGCCUUUGCUACCUGGUAUGGUUGAUGGCCUUGGAUCACAACUGAUGCAGCGGUGGCAAUUAUAUGCUGAGCCAAUGUCAAAGUUAAGAAUGCUUAUGAUUUCUCGUAUGGCCAAGCCAGAAGAGGUUCUCAUAGUGGAAGAUGAAAAUGGCAAUAUUGUUCGUGAAACCAUGAAGGACAAUGAUGUUCUCGUGCAAUAUAAGAUCAUGAGGGAGACUUUGAUAUUUAGAGAGCUUUGGAUGGCAGCAAACAACUUCAGCAGCAAGUACUUGCUUACCUCCUUUGCUAAACCACCUCCUUGA